AUGACGUCCUGGGGUUACGGAAAAAAGAACGGACCCGCAACUUGGGGCCAAUCGUUCCAGCACGCUGCGGGAGAUUGCCAGUCCCCGAUAGACCUCAAAGACACUGUAGUUGACAGCGAGCUGGCGGCACGCCCUCUAGUGUUCAACUACCCCACCGCCAGGUGCACAAACAUCUCGAACACCGGGUACUCGUUUAAGGUGGACAUCGACCAAGACGGAGACAACACUCCUUAUAUAGUGGACAAUCAGAAGGCUAGGACCAACAGUCUGUCAGGCGGCCCCCUCACCAGCCACUUCAAGCCGAUCCAGUUUCACUUUCACUGGGGCAAAGAGGACGACAGGGGUUCCGAGCACACAGUGGAAGGGCAGAAUUACUCCGCAGAGCUCCACAUUGUUCACUGGACCAAGGAUAAAGGGGCCUCCUUCUCCGAGGCAGCCUCGGCUCAGGGUGGUCUGGCCGUUCUAGGGAUGCUGAUUAAGGUCGGCCAGGAACAUUCGGAGCUUCAGAAGUCUCUUAGGUACUGCAGUGAGAUCAAAUAUGCCGGGGAUGAGAGGAAGUUAGCUGAUAACGACAAUAUGCAGCUGACGGCCUUGCUGCCAAAGAAUACCACUGCCUAUUGGACAUAUAGUGGGUCCCUUACAACACCGCCAUGCUAUGAAUCCGUGAAUUGGAUUGUAUUCAAAGAGCCAAUUGAAAUGUCGCGAGCACAGCUGGAUGCACUGCGCGAUCUCCGCAGCCACAAGGCUGGUACCUGUCCCAGUGAAGACGACGAGUUUUGUGGCCACGUGGUCGACAACUACAGGCCUCCACAGCCACUGAAGGGACGCGUCUUAAAAUGUUGUCAGUAACAGAGAGAAGAGACAACGCUGUGAUAUUGUUGAACGCACAGAUUAUAACGCAUUAUACAUCAUUGUCCAAGAUUGAUAAACUCGUGUAUUCAAGAGGAUUCGUUUUCCAAUGAUGGCUUAAUAUUUGCUUCCGCAUUUCAGAAUGGAAAGGAGUAGUCUUUAUAAUACCAGUGAACAUGACGUUGCUUUGUUUGACCAGUCACCUCCAUGGAGACGUGGUUCAUUCCAAAGAUCUUUUCUUUGUGUCAUUUCUUCCACUGUAUAAUAAGACUUGUUCUACUCCUCGUUUUCUAUAAAAAAAGGCGCACCUCAUGCCGUCGAACAUGUUUUGAACACUUUGAUCAGAUUUGGACAAAACUGUUAGGGUUUGUAAGAUAUGUAACGAAGAAAAGAAUUCUGUGGGACUAUCCACCUGUUUAAGCUCCUUGUGAGGAACAGAUGGCAACUAGCUCCCCCUAUAGUUAAUAUUAUUCUCUAAAACGCAUCAUUGGGUAAGCCAGUUCGGUUCCGUGCUUUGUGUUCUCUUGAGGUAAUGUAUUGGAUACAUUUUCAUCAAGGUAAUGUAUUUGAUACAUUUUCAUCAAGGUAAUGUUUUGAUACAUUCUCAUCAAGGGCAAUAAUUGUCAGUAGAGACUAGUCUUUGGAGUCCUUAGCCAUCAUGCCCCGAGUCAAAAUUGUUUCUUGAAGACCUUGCGGAGACAUAUAAGUAAAAUCCACUUUGAUAUUUGAAACCACCUUUCGUAAGAGUAAAAAUAACAGAAACGACCCACUUUUGCAUGAGAAAUUGACACUAAGUGCAGUAUCCCACAACAUAUAUUUUUACUUGAUGGCCAGUUCAAACUUUUCUGCAUUGCGUUUCUCGUCUGAAGUCUGUGUAUUGAUCGCGAAACUAGUCUUAGCGACACAAAAUAGCACGAAUCAAAACGAGCAAGCCGCGUAGCUAGUCCCACUUAUUGCAGAAGUGCAUAAAUCAAAAUGUCAGUGGGGGUUGCAGAGUUAGUACCGGUAGUUAUUGAAAUAGAAUUGUGCUUUUGUAUAUAAUAAUCCCAGUUAUUGCAGAAUAGCAGAAAUCAAAAUGUGAAGAACAUAGCAAUAUUUCAUGUAAUAUUGUAUUAGCAUUUUAUGUUAUGUUUAUUAUAUGUGACAUUUCAAGAUGGUU